AAAUCGAUCUUGCUAAUGACCUCUCUUGUCUCCACUUGCAGGGAAGGAUAUGAGAAUUUCUUUGGUAAACUUCAUCAGCACAGUAUCCCUGUGUUCAUAUUUUCUGCUGGUAUCGGUGAUGUGCUUGAAGAAGUUAUACGUCAAGCUGGAGUUUAUCAUUCAAAUGUCAAAGUUGUAUCCAACUUCAUGGAUUUUGAUGAAAAUGGAGUGCUGAAAGGAUUCAAAGGAGAACUAAUUCAUGUAUUCAACAAACACGAUGGUGCCUUGAAGAACACAGACUAUUUCAACCAACUAAAAGACAACAGCAACAUUAUUCUGCUGGGGGACUCCCAGGGAGACCUGAGGAUGGCAGACGGUGUAGCCAACGUUGAACACAUUCUGAAAAUUGGGUAUCUGAAUGACAGAGUGAGUGUGCAGGGCUGUAGUUUAAUAUUCUCUUGAAAAAUGCACGAUGAAACCUUGUAACCAGUUGCCAAAGACAGGUGAGAAAGGUAUUUUACUGUCCUGCUUUGGAGUGACAGAGGAGAUAGGAAGCACAGACCUGUGUGAGCUUUGGAGGGCACAGUCCCCAAGUGGCAGCAGGCAGCACUUCCUAGUCAUGAGGAUCAAAGCUGUCUUCAUGCAUUGCCAAACGUUCCUUGUACAGAGUUGCCCAAAGUCAGAGCCCCCGGAGUGGAAAGAAACUAUUUAGGGAGAAAAGUACCCAUGUGGAAACUUCCUGUCCCUGAGUCUAAGGCAAAGAAUAAGCUAGCCGUGGUGAUGCAGGCCUGUGUUCGCAGCCAUCGGGAGGCUGAGGCAGGAGGACUCAGCCUGAAGGCCAGGGUAAGCUUAGACAGCAAGACCGUGUCUCAGAAAAUUAAAACCUCAAUCAGAAACAAAAUUAUUUCCUUUAAAAAGAAUUUGAGAAUGUUUUAUUUACAACUUUUAUGAAAUUGGAUUUUGCUGGGCGGUGGUGGCGCGCACCUUUAAUCCCAGCACUUGGGAGGCAGAGGCA